AUGUCUACUACUGCUCAGAACCAUCGCGUCGGUGGCUACGAACCUCUGCCGGCAUGGUAUAGAAACCGUAACAACAGACCACUCGAAGCUACUGCCUCGUCGCGAAGAGCUACGGUGGGCAUGCGGGACGGACGAGAAUCCAGAAUCACGUUUAGUAAGACCAGAACCUUGACAGGCGCAUUCGAAGCUGCUGAAUAUCCCCGCCAUACAGCAAGAGCUAAUAGCGGAGAAGAGGACGAAGAAGCACCGAGAUAUGACAGAGCAGGAAGGGAGAGAAAUGGGACUGCCACGUCGCCCAAGUUUACCCGGUCGAAUCUGUCAUCGCGAGAACUGCUGGAACCGUACAGGAUGAUAAACGACGCGGAUAACUUUGUUGAUCUGGCGGCGCAGGAAGAUCAAGUGCGAAGAGACCAAGGCUCACCGAGUCCAGCGGCGAGGAACCGUCGAACAUUUGACCGGAAUGAUGAAAAUAUUUACGAUAUCGAUCUCGACUUCCUAGACGAUGUGAGUGACGAUGACCUUAGGAUGAAGCUGACACAGCACGCGUUGGACGAGCGGCGGUUAAAGCGCGCCACUAAGAGUACCAACGGACCGAUAUUCAGUAGGGCAAAGGAUACGGAUCUCCGGACCGCUUUGUCUAUGGAGAAUCUUCAGCGUCAUGAGGCGGAAAAGAAGGAAGAGGACAUGGAGCACCCGGAACCGGAUAUGGACGACCAUGUCGAGCCUGCUGUGAACAUUCCUACUACAUGGGGAUCUCGGGGAAGACGGUCAAGGGAAUGGCUGGACGGAGUGGUCACGACUACUAAUGGAGUCGAUAACAAGCAGAGUGAGGACGAUAUCCGGCUACCGGUUGCGGAAUGGGGGGGGAACGACUUUGACUUUACUGCUGGGUCACUACGGGUGUCCGACAGCCCUCCAGUAAAGGCCCCCAAAGACAGGCAGGAUAAUAGUUUCAGGGCACAAUUCUCUAUGUCCGCCGCCCAAGACAGACAGGUUCAAGACGCCGACACGGCCAGACUUGACCGCAGACCAGACACCGGCUCAUCUACACACUCUUACGGCACGAGCGAGAAACCUAGACUUGCAAGUGGCCGGGGAAGCUCCAGCCAGCUUCUUCGGAAGCUGACGAGGAGGAGUUCUAGUCCUGUCAAGACUCCAGAACAGCAACGAAUUGCAGCGAAGACACCCCUAACGGCCAAAACCCCAGUUGUUACUGGAGCCUGGAUUGACACUCCGGUCACGGAACGAAAGACGCCCUAUAUAGAGGCUAUUAAAAAGGAAGAGCAGGAGCCAGAGAUACAGCCCAAACCAGUAGAAGAAAUGCCAAAACAAGGAAAAGCCACUAGUAUUGACAAACCUGAGCAAACGACUGCACAACGCCGGAAAUCCACAUCUCGGCAUGUGCCAUUGAAAGAACCGAAGCUUCCCAAAAGUGCCUUGGAAUCGAUUCUCGAGAAAGAAAGAUCGGGAGACUAUAGCCUUAUUCUUGGAGAAAAUACCCUCGACUCUCUGAAGGAUAUCCUCGAGGACAAGGCACUUAGUGAGAAACCAGGAGUUGGGCAAACCAAAAUAGAGCCAUCACGCUCUUUUCACGUUGACACAGAUGAAGAAACCAUUGAUCGGGUCAAUUCGAAACUGGAAUCACUCCUUCAUAACAUAAGCGAGGCCAGAGCUGGUUUGUCCAAUCUUGAACACCAGGCAGAAGAAACGAUCUCCCGGCCCAACCCAACUGGCUCGAAGAAUAAAAACUCAAGAAUAAAACAUCACAACCACUCUACAGCUCCCUGUGAAGCAUGCGGUCUGUAUGGUGACGGCCGCCUAUACCUUGCUCUCCCCAGCCGCCGUUUCUGGAAGCGGAUUGGCCUGGUCCUCUUGAUAUUUUUCACUUGGUGGAUUGCCGAGCUGGCUAUGUGCGAUUACUACUGUCACCCCUUAUACGCAUCCAAAUGUGAGCGUAAUUGUCUGGAUCCUAAUGCGCCACGAUACCCGUUUGUUAUUCCUACAAUGUUAUGGCGUUGGUCCCAUCUAUCUGUUGUCCUGUCACCGUUAUGGACUGUUUUGGUUGCACUGUUCCGCUUUACCGCGCAACUGUUUGGUUUUUGGGACGGGUUUGUUGAAAGCCCAGGUUCGGUAUACAAGCCACAGAGCUAUGGACAUCACCAGUCUCCCAUAUCUCCCGUUUACCAGCCGAGUGCUGCGGUGUACGACCAGAGUGACAGUAUGCAGGGUGAUGAAUAUUUAUAG